UAAACACCAAAGAAGAAGAAGAACUGUUUGUAGGGGGUGGUGCUCUACGUCACCGGAAACAGGAAGAGGAUGAAUGAUACAAACAACCGGGGAUGUGUUACCCUGUAACACCUCCGUGCAGCUGAGACGAGGUGCCCCACAUUUACCAUAAAAUGCGGCGUGUUGGCUUCUCCCUCCUCCGCCACAUCUCUUCCCUUCCCUCCUCAGUUACCACCAGGACAUGCUGCCUCCACCUCCACCAGAGGGUCCUGACUGGUUCCCACACCUGUUACCAGAGCAACAGCAUCCCGGGUCACAGCAUCCCGGGUCACAGCUGCCAGCACCGUCGGGGUGUGAGCACAGCAGCCCUGAGGCAGCAGCACAUACGGGACCUGAGUUGGCCUGAGCAGAGACUGCUGAAUAAACUGUAUGAAGGGCUGAUCGGAGGACAGCGAGCGUCUCUUGCUGAAUCCAUCACUCUAGUGGAGACCCAGCAUCCCAGGAAGAAAGAGCUGGCCCAGGUGCUGCUGCAGAGGGUGCUGGCCCACAGGAGGGAGCAGGAGAGCCGUAACGGAGGGAAGCCAGUGGCCUUCAGAGUAGGUCUUUCCGGUCCUCCAGGAGCAGGGAAGUCGACCUUCAUUGAGGUGGUGGGGAAGAUGUUGACAGGACGUGGUCAUAAAGUUUCAGUGCUGGCUGUUGACCCGUCCUCCUGCACUACAGGAGGGUCUCUGAUGGGUGAUAAGACUCGUAUGACUGAACUCUCCAGGGACAUGAGUGCUUUUAUCAGGCCAUCUCCGGCCUCUGGAACACUUGGUGGAGUCACCAGAACAACUAAUGAGGCCAUUGUUCUCUGUGAGGGAGCGGGAUAUGACAUUGUCCUUGUAGAGACUGUAGGUGUGGGCCAGUCAGAGUUUGCUGUGGCUGACAUGGUCGACAUGUUUGUGCUGCUGAUUCCGCCAGCAGGGGGCGAUGAACUCCAGGGUAUCAAGAGGGGCAUCAUCGAGAGGGCCGACUUGGUGGUGGUGACGAAGUCGGAUGGAGACCUAGUGGUGCCAGCCAGGAGGAUCCAGACUGAAUACACCAGCGCACUCAAGCUGCUCAGGAGACAGUCCAAGUCCUGGAACCCUAAGGUGGUGCGUGCCUCCUCACAAACCAACGAGGGCAUCCCAGAGGUCUGGGCCAAGAUGGAGUCGUACCGGGACGCCAUGUUAGCCAACUGUGAACUACAGGGCCGGCGGAGGGCCCAGCAGAAGAUUUGGAUGUGGAGUUUGAUCCAGGAGAACGCCCUGUGCCAUUUCCAGAAUCACCCGAGUGUCAGAGAGGCUCUACCCCACCUCGAGGAGAGGGUCACCAAAGGAGCCAUCUCCCCGGGCCUGGCUGCUGACCUGCUUCUCAAAGCAUAUUCAUCAUCAUCAUCAACUUAGUAAUCAGUGGGACUGCACUUUUGGGGACGGCUCAUGGCUGAUCAGGGCCAGGACAGAGUGACAAUAAGUGACCUUGACUCUAUGGUUUGCACAAAAAAAAAGCAGUCUUGCUUUUUUUACUCUUAAUUUGAAAUUUAAAACACCUAAGAUAAAAGUCACCCCUCAACAGAAACUUCACUUUCUGCAUGCUUUAAUCCAAAUCAGGAGAGGGAAGAGAGUGCUGACAGUCUCAGCUACAGCUUCAUGACACAUCCACAUUUGGACAGUGGACGGCAAAAUGAAACAUUUCAAUUGCUGUGAGAUAUGAAAUGUUGCGCUGCCAACGGCCUGGUUUUCUGAAGCAGAUACUGGGAUUGUCUUCUUGCACAAAUACACUACAGACGAACAGUUUUAAUGAGAUUAGUAAAAAAAACUGAGGAUUAUAAAGACCAUGUAGUUACAUUUGAAGUUUGCACAAUACCCAUCACUAGUCAGUAAAUAGAGAAGCUGUGACUUGUUGUUCAUGCCAUAAAUAUUGACAUGACAAGUACUGCAGUGGUAUGAUCUGUGAUAAGCUACUUCUACUGACACUCUUGCUCGCCCUUCUCAUACAGGUAUCAAUAACACAUACUGUUUAUAACCCAAAAAGCAAAGUGUUGAAAUGGGAUUUGUUAUGGUCAGAUGUUUCUCUUGUUGAACUGCCAUGGACAUUGCUCCAAUAAAAAAAACUAAAUUUCCCUUUGAAAAGAAACUGGACAUUCAUAAAUGUUUUUUAUUCACUGUUUGUGUUUCUGAGUUGAAUAUUAAAAGAGUGAUGUGAAACUUAUAUGGAUAAGAGAAUAACAUUAAAUCUGUCCGUACAGUUGGC